AUGGAGCAAAGUGAGGGACCAACCGGGAUUAAAAUUUACAGUGCAUCGCAACGUGUCGAUAAUGUUACUUCUUCUAUGUACCCUAGUAAUUCGUUACAAGAUAUUCCAAUCCCAGAAUUGCCUCAACCAGCAAUUGGUGGUAAGAAAAGAAGAGCAAUGGCAAAUGGGGUUCAAAAAACACUCUCAAAAACUUCAUUGCUUGUGAAUUUUCUCCCAACAGGAACUCUUUUAACUUUUGAAAUGCUCCUUCCAUCAGUUUUUGGCAAAGGGGAGUGUUCUCCAAUCACCACACUGAUGAUUUUGACACUUCUUGGGAUUUGCACUUUGUCAUGCUUCUUCUUCCAUUUCACCGACAGUUUUCGCGGUCCGGACGGGAAAGUUUACUAUGGAUUUGUCACUCCUAGAGGGUUGAAAGUUUUCAAGACUGGACUUGGUGUGCAAGUGCCAAAAGAUGAGAGGUACAUUAUGGGAUUCACAGAUUUCGUACAUGCAAUGAUGUCUGUUUUGGUGUUUGUGGCGAUUGCAUUUUCAGAUCAUAGAGUGACACUUUGUUUAUUCCCAGGACAUGCAAAAGAACUAGAUGAAAUCAUGAGGAGUUUCCCAUUAAUGGUGGGAGUUAUUUGCAGUGGACUUUUUCUUGUUUUUCCUACUACUAGAUAUGGCGUUGGAUGUAUGUCGGCUUAGCAAUUUUCGAGUAUUAUUAUUCUAGUUAUUUUUUUUGGGAUUAUGUUUUUUUUUUUUUUUUUUUGUGUCCUCUUUUCCAAGUAUAUGUGUUGUAUAUUGUAAUUUAAGGAUUUUCUCUGUAUUUUUGGUCGAUUCAAAACAGUGGAACGAUGUUUAGAUCUAUGGAUUAAUAAUUUAUUUUAUGUAAGGGCCUUUUUCUGAGAAAAGAUGCAUUCUUUCAUCCCAAUUAGUUAGAUUCUUCUUUCUGAUAAAUUGGUGUUAUAAUUUUGUAGACAAAACUUUUUACUUUUGCACCUAUUACCAACUAU